GCAGAGGGGAAACAUGGCCAGGGUGCCACUGCUGGUCACGGUGCUGGUGAUCGCUGUGAGGCUGACGAGGCAGGAGACAGUGGGAGAGACGACGGCUAGUGUAACCUCCACUGAGCCGGCUGAUGCGCAGACUACCCUAGGAACGACUGUUCCAAGCGUCACUGAAGAACGGGAGACGAGCCACACCACCACAGAAUCUCAGCAGACCAGCGGCGAUGGCACCGAGGCCCCGCAAACCGUCCGCGAGACUACAACUCCGUCACCAGUGAACAAAGAAGAGCCUACAGGACAUUCAACACCGUCAGAAGCAGAUACAUCCGAGCAUACUUCUCCUUCGGAUGAAACAGCCUCUGCCACAGCACGCUCAAUACCAACUGGAAUCGAUCCCGGGUUGCUGACUCCUCCAUCCACGAGUGAGACAGAAUCAGUACCGAGCACACGAGACGAUGACUCACAGUCGGGCCGAGUCGAGUCUGAGGACGGCGAACAGUCUGACUGCGACUUCUCCGAGUCGACGUGCUGGUGGCGAUUGGACGGAGCGCCCUACCGUCACUAUAGCUGGAGGCGGGGCGCGCCCGAGUCUGCCUUCUACCUGGGAGGUCCCACCACGGACGCCGGAGGAGGCGAGGAGGGCGCCGACCAGGGCUACGUCUUUGUCGAUGCGUCUGUAUUUAGAGACGUGUUUCUCCCGGACUUUUACAUGAGCGCUUGGCUGACGUCGCCGGUAAGGCCGCCGCCCGGGCCGGUAGGACGAUGUCUGCGGUUUAAGUACAGCUCUGUCGGAACCAGUGUGAGAAGUCUGCGAGUGCUGAGAGUGGAUCAUGUGCCGACCAUUCAGCCAAACCACACUUCUUGGCCUCGUGAGAACGAGCCAGGGUCUACAGAGAUGCCGGCGCAGUCGAGAAACUUUACCGAAAAUUUCGAUAGUGUUGUGAAUACCACCAGUCGGGACUACGUUGUCCACAAACAGAACAUGACAGAAACACUGUGGGAAGCUCGCGACUCGACUGAUGGUGCAUGGAAGGAAGGCAAGAUCUCUUUCAACACCGGCUUCGAGCACCGACUUGUGUUCGAGGUGGUGCCGCACCUUCCCUCGCCGGCCGGCCGAGCGUACGUCGCCAUCGACGAUGUUUCCCUCGCUGAAGGUGCGUGUGACAGCGACUGCAACUUCGAGAAGGAUCUCUGCAACUGGAUCAACAUGGACGAGGGUGACGACUUUGACUGGCAGCUGGGCCGCGGCAGCCGGAGAGGCGUCACGGGCCCCAUUAGAGACCAGAGCAGCUCACACUCGGUCAGCCGCGUCGGCGGGUACGCGUUCAUCGACUCGUCUCACCCGCGCCGAUCGGGAGACAUCGCCAGACUGGAGAGCGCCGUCUUCGAGACGCCGGACCCGCUCUGUCUCAGCUUCUACACAAACAUGUUCGGAGCGGGCGUGGGCCGUCUUUCAGUACGAGAGGUAUCCGGCGGGGAGAACCCGACCGCCAAGGUGCUGUGGAGCGUCUCUGGAGGCUCGGGGUCGCCCCUCAGCUGGGAGCUCGGCAGGGUGACUGUGGCCUCGCCGAACCGCUUCAUGGUCCAGCUGGAGGCGGAGAUUGGCGAGCCGGACGCCGCCGAUAUCGCUGUCGACUCCAUUCGAGUGGAGCCCGGAGCGUGUCCGACGGUGCCGGCCUCGGCAGGCCGUGUCGACGCCAGUUGCCACUUCAGGGACGACACGUGUUCGUGGGAACUGAGCAGCACCGGUCGGCGGCUGUGGUCGCGCGCGCCUGGCGGGCACAUCGCUCUCGGGUCGCCGCCGCUCCAGCCGGCUGACCACUUCCUCAGCUUCGACGUGGACGGGUACGAACACCAGGCUGGUGCGAGGGACACCGUGCUGUCGCCGGUAAUCCGCGCACGACCGCUGGCCUGUCUCAGCUUCUGGGUUUACGUGGCGUCCCACAUCGCCAGCAUGCCGAAAAUCGGCAGCCUUCAAGUCCUUCACAUCAACGCCACCAGCAACGACACCCGGGCCAUCUGGAGGGUGAACAAUCACCUGCGUCACGGCUGGGUGCUGGCCCAGGCACCGUUCCCGGCCGACACGCCCGUCAGACUCGCCCUGGAGGCGGUCCGCGGGUCGGGCGUCAGCGGCCUGCUCGGUGUGGACGACGUGGUGGUCCACGAGGGCGACUGUGCCGUCCUGCCGCCCGCCGCGGCCGUCUCACCGUUCGACUGCUGGUUCGACGACGGGGAGUGCCGCUGGACAGUGACGUCACCGGCGGAAGGAGCGGAGACCUGGCGCUCGGCGGCGAGUGGAGCGGGAAUUCCGCAGCUUCUCGACCACACGCACCGCGUCGAGACCGGGUACGAGUACUUUGACCCGUUCAACCAGCGCUCCACGGCUCGGCUCGUCUCUCCCGAGGUGCCAGCUUCCACCCAGCUCUGCGUCAGCCUGUGGUACACCUGCCUGGGCGGUGUGCAGCAGGACGCAUCGCUCUCACUGCGGCGCCAGCUCGGCUCUGACAACAGCACCACUGAGCUGCUCUGGCAGGUCACCCAGGGUCAGACGGGUCACACCGGCCGCCGCUACACGUGGCACUACGGCCAGGUCCAGCUGCCCUCCGCCGAGGACACGGCGCGGAUCGUAAUCGAGGCCAUCGGCAUGCAGGCCGGCUUUGCAAUCGAUGACGUCAGAGUGGUCAGUGGUGAGGUGCCGUGCCCGACCAGGCCCGAGUGGGGGCGCCCGGCGCCGCCGGAGUGAACUAGUGGUUCGUCAGACUGUCGCCAGGGGGAUGCAGGUCGAUUGAGGAACUCUGUUAUAGGAGAACUCAGAGAACUCAGCACUGUGCUUUGCCUUCGGUUGACGGUGGUGAUUGGUAAAGAAGUCAUUCUGAAGCUUGGGCUAUCCUGAGGGAGGUGAGCAGGCUUCGAUUUAUACGGCAGAAGAUCAAUAUUGAUUUGUGUAGGCAUAAUACAAUAAAUAGGAAAGCAGAGUUCAGCUUAUAUACCGGCGAUGUGUAUAUACCGACAAGUGUCUACCGUCCUUGCAAGGUUAUUGUUGACAGUGCAUUGUGCGCAUAAACCAUUAAACCCCAUGUUUACAGUUUCGGUGUGUGAAUAGUUGGAGCUAAUUCUGUAAAAUACAUUUUGUAACAG